UAGCCUGCAUCGCCAGCUGUCUCCAGCAGAGGUGAACUCAGUUUCCCAAGUGGCGCUGCGGAGGCCAGUGCGAAGUCGGGCUUUCCCGGCCUACCGUAAGGUUUGAACCGGGCGGCGGCAGUAGUCGCUGGCACAGGUUCGGUGUGAUGGCGCAAGUGUCGUGCGUCUGGAAAGGUCUCGACCAAGAUUCGAUCUGACGUUGUGGUCUUUCCUGGGCUGUGCCUUGGGUGUCCACAGUUGGGAGAACAAGGGCACAAGAUGCCAGGGAGCCAGACCCCUGCCGCAGGCUAUGAGUAGGAGCCUGAGCUGGUCUGAGCAGCUCGACGCGCUUCUCAACGCUACUGACGGAAAUGUGGCCAGGAUUAAGCAAAGGCUGUAUCCCCUUGGAGUCUCCACCGCGGCAGGAGACCUGACUGGGACCUGGAUUUCCCCUCAUUACUUGCCUCCCCAGUCCGGAGUCCAAGCUCAACAGCCUUGGGCUCUAGAGACUCCCAUUGUCCCAGAGAGACUAAGUUGGGCUGAGGCCCGUAGUGCAUCUUCUCUCUGGGAUGAAGUUACUAUUCUUCGAUCCCAGCUUCGAUCCCAGGCUCAGGUGACUGAAGCACUAAGGCAGGCUGUGCAGGGCCUGCUGGAAGAGCGAGUGCAGCAGAAGUACCAGAUCUCUGCGCUAGAAGCAUCACUAAGGUUGCUGCAGGGGGGCCCAGAGCAAAGGGUCCUUCUCCUGGAGCAACGCCUGGAGGGGCUGAGAAGGGAACUGCAGGGUCUUCGAAGCCAGGUACAGCAACAGGCCCGAGCCCAAAUACAAACAGGACCACAGAAGUGCAGUGCUACCAGUGGCCUUCACCAAGAGCUGCAGAAUGAUCCACAACUGCUGUGGGAGGAGUCAGAGAUUCUUCGGGAGGAACUGAAGUUGCUGCGGGACCAGCUGAGCCAGCACCAGGAGCUGCUGCUGAAACAGAUGACUGAGGGGCGGCAAGCUCAGGCCCACAGCUGGAAGAUCUCCAGAGGCAUACCCUUUCUAACCUGGAGCCCAGCAGCUUUCAGCUCCAGGCCCAGAGCCCUAUACUUUAAGGGCCCCAAGAUGCUCCUGAGUGACUGUAAGGACUUGUAAGGGCAGUAGAAUGAUGUCUUCUUUGCUCACCUUCCCCUCCAAGGUCCUGUUUCUGGGUCCCCUUCCCCUCCCCUCUUGAUCUAGCUGGUGUUUGCCCUCCCUACUGAGGCUUGUCACUGCCUGUCCAUCCUUACCCACAAGCAAUAAAAUGGUUUAAUUCUC